AUGGUUUCCAUUCCCAAGAGUUUCCUUCUCCUUGCUCUUUUAUCUGCCGUUGUUCUUCUCAUUGCUUCGGAAGUGGCAGCCCAAAUGGACAACGGUGAGGUGGCUACUGAAACAACCGACGCUGAGCUUGGAGAUGACAAGAAAACCGGUUAUGGUGGUGGUUCCAGUGGAUACGGUGGUGGUUCCAGUGGUAAACGUGGAGGAUACGGUGGUGGCCGUGGAAGUUACGGUGGUGGACAUGGAAGUUACGGUGGUGGACGUGGAAGUUAUGGUGGUGGACGUGGAAGCUACGGAGGUGGACGUGGAAGUUACGGGGGUGGAGAGCAGAACGAGGCUUUUGUGAUGAACAACGAAGAUUGA